CAACGAAAGAGAAUCCGCUCAUUGCUACAAGCUCCCCGUGCGCUCACCAGAGCAAAUCUCUUCCCCCGAAGACCUCGUAGAUCAGUUUGAGAAAUAGUCUUUUCUCUCCUCUCUCUUCUCUCUCUCCUGCCUCUACCGUCAUCUUCUUCUUCCUUCUCCUGCCGCUGCUGCUUUUGCUUUUUCUUUGUUCCUCUCUCUCUCUUUCGAUCUUUUGCCUCGACUUGUAAAGAAAGAAGAGGGAAAGAGAAAGAGAAAGAGAUGGAUAGAGAGAGGGAGAGAGAGGGAGAGAGAGUGAUUGAUUUGAAAUCGUGAAAGAAAUUUGAAUUUCGUCGAUAGGGACGGGAAGAUCGCUCAUUCGAGCUGAAUUUCUGAUUGCUGAUUGCUCAUAUAUAUAUAUAUUGAGAGAUUGACGGGAGGAGCCUGUUUGUGAGGAGGAGGAAGAAGAACAAGGAUGAGAGACGUAGCGGAUUUGUCAGCGUCCUUGAUCCAAAGAUCUAUCCUGACAUAUUCAUCUUCUUCGUCUUCUUCGUCUUCAUCAAUUUUUGAUAACUUUCCUCUCAUUGCUGCUCUGAUCGCUUUCGCUCUCGCACAAUCCGGAAAAUUAUUGACUACCUGGUACAAGGAAAGACGAUGGGAUGCUAAACAACUCAUUAGCUCUGGUGGGAUGCCGUCAUCUCAUUCUGCCACAGUUACUGCUCUUGCUACAGCUAUUGGAUUCCAUGAUGGCUUUGGAGGAUCACUGUUUGCUACUGCAAUUAUCUUAGCUUUUGUUGUAUGAUCCGUAACUGUCUAUUGUCGUUAGCUUUUGAUAGAAUAAUUUCAUUAUAAGGAGCAGACCCCACAAAAUAUAUGCAUAUUGACUAUGAUCCCUUGCUCUACAAUGUGGUGAAAUUUUAAAUUUCAGAAACUAUAUAUCAUUUACCCCAUUUGAUGUCCGUAUGUUAGUAAUGGCAAUGAUUCAUUUAAUUUAUCUAUGCUUCAUGAAUGUUCUUCUGAAUUAUGAGUUACUCUUCUUAGCAUCUUUGGUUGAAAUUAUGUGUUGUCACUAAAUUUAAGAACUUCGUACUGGGUACCCCAUCAUGUUCUUGCACCUCGUUUUGGUUGUUUAUGCAAUUGACAGGCAAUCUUCAAUUUCCUUUUUGGUUACUUGUUGGGUAGUUGUGCAUUUAAAAAACUUAAUGCUCAUGGGAUCAUCAAUGAUUCAUGACCAUAACUUGCUUAUUGGUAUUUAGCCCGUUUGGCUUCUGCUU